AGUGGAGAAAAGAUCAAGAUUCUUUUCACUCAAGUCAGAAAUUCAAACAUGAUGACAUCUCCAACGUUUGUUUUCUAUCUGACAUGUUUGUUCUUGGGGAAAAUGGCUCAGAUGACUAAUCUGUUCUCAUCAGUUCGUCAAGAGAGUGGUUUUGUAUCAGCUAAUGUUGGUGAAAGCUUAACUUUGCGAUGUUUCUAUGAAGAUGACAUGGUAGCAAGAUAUUCCUGGUACAAGCAAACUCUGGGACAGAAACCAAGACUCAUCUCUACCUUCUACAUGUUUGAUAAAAAUGGCAAAUUUUAUGAUGAAUGCGAGAAUAAUCCACGCUUCACAUUGGAUACUGAAAAAGGUAAAAAUCACUUGAAAAUCUCAGAUUUACAUAUAUCAGACUCAGCUACAUACUACUGCGCAAGUAGCUUUUCAGAAAUAUUUGAAUUUGCAGAGGGCAUUACUGUCAGUGUAAAGGGUUCAGGUUUGAACAUCCAAGCUUCGGUCCAUCAGUCAGCAUCUGUGACCAUCCAGCCAGGAGGCUCUGUGACUCUGAACUGUACAGUACACACUGGGACCUGUGAUGGAGAACACAGUGUUUACUGGUUCAGGAACUCUGAAGAAUCUCAUCCAGGACUCAUGUACACCCAUGGAGGCAGGAAUGAUCAGUGUGAGAGGAAACCCAACACACAAACACACACCUGUUUCUACAACUUGCCACUGACGAGCCUGAAUCUUUCUCAUGCUGAGACCAACUACUGUGCUGUUGCCUCAUGUGGACACAUACUGUUUGGAAACAGGGCCAAGCUGGACAUUAAGUAUGAGAAAGACUCUCUUGUCUUGGUGUAUUUCUUGAUUGGCGCUUUGACAUUCACCACCAUCCUGAGUGUUUUACUGGCUUUCUCACUGUACAUUAUGAGUAAGAGAAACAGCGGCCAAUGUAGAGAAUCUUGCGUGAGAUUUUCAGCUCCCUCCGCAACAAAUGCAGAGGAUUACAAAAAUGAAGAUAAUCUCCAUUACGCUGCUGUAAGGGUGAACAAGGCCAGCAGAUCAAGAAGACAGAGGGACGACACAGAAGAUGAAUGUGUGUACUCCCGUGUAAAGCAAUAAAGCUGGACAUAUUCCAUCUUUGUCUCUGUGUAACAGGACAUGAGCCCAUUACUGUCUUUUAAUGUGUAAUUUGUAAUUUGAUUUUUUUAUAAGCAGGAAUCGUUUUUUCAACAUAAUUUCAUCUAAAACUGUUUAGUGUAAAGCUUUACUUUGUAAUAAACUAACUAACUAAAGAAGCUCUAACAAUGGCAAUAUAUGAAGUACAUGAUUUCCACUUUCUCUGUGCAAAUGGGUUGCAAUGACCUUACAUCUUUUGUUCUUUUCUGUUGCUGUUAGCUACUUGCUACUUAUCAUGGGGAAAAACAUUAAAUUGUUGAUGAUCUGUCCAAAUUCAAUAAUCACAGCAUAUAAGUGCAACAGGGCAUGCCUUGUACUACAGUGGAGUGAGUUAUUAAAAUCCGCUGUGACUCUGCUCUAUUGACUUAUCAGUAAUCUAGGAUAUUGUUCUUUGUUGAUGAAAAAUGGUGUAAACCAGUGAGUCGUGCUGAAUGGAUACGACUCCAAACCAUCUGAGACAUAAUAUAUGAAUCCAUUUUGAACUCUACUCCACAGAUUGCAAAAUGUUGGAUAAAGGUGAGGCUUUUUGCUGCCUUUGUAAAAUGCAACUGCCUUAGAGGUAAAAUUACCACAACUACUCAUCUGAAUCACCUGUGACCUUAUCAUUUAGUGUGGCAGUGGAGACAUGCAAAUGAACAGACCAUCAUUUAUUCUACAGCGUAGUUUAAGAUUAGGCUAUGAGGGCUGCAGUGCAAACGAUUUUUAAAAAGUGAUUUGUUUUUCAAGUGACAGCUAAUGCAAAUGCAUACGUAGAGUCAUCUCAGACAGCGAUCACAGCUAUCAGUACUUGUAGUAAUUGUGUUGAUUGAGUGUUUGAAACCCAAACUCUUUUCUAUAGUUUCCAUGUUCGACAGUGUAAUGAUGUCUCUAUGGUUGUGUCCUGUGCAUAUGUAGGAUCAUCUAAACAAUUUCUCAUUGUGUGUGUGUGCUUUCAAGCAGAGUGUUUCCACAGAGUGAAACAACAGAUUUUAUAGUAGAUUAGAAUUAGAAUUUGAAUUAAUUAGAUUUUUGGGAUCAAACUAAUACACUUUGCUCCAAUUCAAUGAUGCUGUGUGAUGAGCUACUGGGACAUAUUGAGCAAGAAUGUGUGUGUAUAAUUGUGUUUGCACGUACAAACCAUAAAUGCUAUCUACUAGGGUGGUGAGGACAACAUAAACUGACAAGCCAGGAUGGUUUAUUCAUGAAUAUUAAGAUCAUUUUCUGCUUUUAUGACUUUUAAGCACAAUGUACGGGACUGUAUUGCUUUUCUGAAUGUAUCUGUAUUUAUUUGGUUCAUUGACUUUUAUUGAUGUGAUGUGCUUCCCCCUGUUUGAAUUUGGUAGCCACAUGCUAAGCUGAUGUUAGUGACGUUCACACAGACACAGGGUCUUGCAUGCAACUAUCCUGUUUACUAACCUGGCACUGUUUAUCCUACACAGUUCACACAUACACUUCAAUUUGGCCCUUUAACAGAGCCACACUCUUUUCAUACAUGGCCUAGCCGCCAUUUUGAAUUUCCUUUCUUUGUCGAACCAUGCAUCUGCUGCUCAGCCACCAUUUUGAAUUCAAUUUCUUUUGUUUGAUGCCAUUUUGGACCCAAACAGCCAUUUUGGAUCACACACAGCCACACACACCUUUUUGUUCUUUAGCUUAGUGCAUUGUUAGAAUUCAUAAUAUGUUUUUGCUUUUAUUAUAUUUUAAUAAAUGCUUGUGUAUCAUUA